UUGUGGAACUUUGCUUCCGGUUUGAGUGUGACGUAAUCGCCGGGCCCCUUAUCCUUUAAAUGUGAAGACUCGCGCUUACUUUCUCAUUCUGGUCAGAUCUGAGCGACUGGGGACAUUCUUACCACUUUAACUCACAAUCUCUGAACUGCAUCUGUAAAGUGAAUCAUGCCUUCAGUGCCUUCCACUAAAGAGAAUGAUCUCUCCAAACCUGUCUGCCCCUUUGCUGGCAAAAAGAACAACACCACCACCAGCAUUACUGGUGGACUGUUCCAGAGUGAAAGCACUGAGACUGACCUCGAGAAAUGGAUCCGUCCUGACCUUCCCAGCAAGUGCACAUGGAGCCUGGGAGCACCACUUACUGAUUCCCCACACUUACAUGCACUCAGGACAAAUGAUCCAAGCAUCUUGCCCAACAUCCUCAGAAAAAUUGGGGACACGCCAAUGGUACGCAUCAACAAGAUCAACAAGACUUACGGACUCAAGUGUGAGCUGUUGGCAAAGUGUGAGUUCUUCAAUGCCGGUGGCAGUGUUAAAGAUAGGAUCAGUCUGCGCAUGGUUGAGGAUGCAGAGAGAGCAGGCAUCCUUAAACCUGGAGAUACCAUCAUAGAGCCUACUUCUGGAAACACUGGUAUUGGCCUAGCUCUGGCUGCUGCUGUGAAGGGCUACCGCUGCAUCAUCGUCAUGCCUGAAAAAAUGAGUAUGGAAAAGGUGGACGUGUUGAGAGCUCUGGGUGCGGAGAUAGUCCGCACACCCACCAGCGCCCGUUUUGAUUCCCCGGAGUCCCAUGUGGGCGUGGCUUGGCGCCUGAAGAAUGAAAUCCCCAAUUCUCACAUCUUGGACCAGUACCGCAACCCCAGCAACCCCCUGGCUCACUAUGACACCACAGCUGAGGAAAUCCUAGAGCAGUGCGAUGGAAAAGUGGACAUGCUGGUAGCAGGAGCUGGCACUGGGGGCACCAUCACUGGUGUAGCCCGCAAACUGAAGGAGAAAUGCCCCAACAUUAAGAUUGUUGCUGUGGACCCAGAGGGAUCCAUUCUGGCUGAACCAGAGGAGCUAAACCAGACUGAUAAGACUCAGUACGAGGUGGAGGGCAUUGGAUAUGACUUCAUUCCCACUGUGCUUGACAGAUCCGUGGUAGACAGCUGGUACAAGUCCAAUGAUGAGGAGUCAUUCGCUAUGGCUCGUAUGCUUAUAAGAGACGAGGGCCUGCUUUGUGGUGGCAGUUCAGGCACAGCCAUGGCAGCAGCCGUGAAGAUGGCUAAAGAGCUGAAGGAAGGGCAGCGCUGUGUGGUCAUUCUUCCUGAUUCCAUCCGCAACUACAUGUCCAAGUUCCUAAGUGACAACUGGAUGUUCCAAAAGGGUUUCCUCACUGCAGAAGACUUCAUGGUUAGCAAGCCCUGGUGGUGGAAUCUCAGGCUACAGAGUUUGAACCUUUCGGCACCUCUCACUGUUUUGCCCACAGUCAGCUGUCAAAAAACCAUCAAGAUUCUGAAAGAAAAGGCGUUUGACCAAGCGCCAGUUGUAGAUGAGGCUGGGGUCAUUCUUGGUAUGGUCACCCUGGGGAACAUGUUAGCCUCUCUGCUAGCUGGAAAGAUCAAACCAUCUGAUCCCGUCAGCAAAGUGCUCUACAAACAGUUCAAACAGAUUCGUUUAACUGAUAACCUCGGAAAACUUUCUCGGAUCCUGGAGACAGAUCACUUCGCCCUGGUGGUGCAUGAGCAGAUUCAGUAUUUGACAGACGGGUCCACCGUAAUGAAGCACAUGGUGUUUGGAGUAGUGACGGCCAUUGACCUGCUGAACUUCGUUACAGCUCGCGAGAAACGUGAGCGAUCCAUAUCUGAAUGCACAGAUGAGCUGUGAAAAAUGAGUAUCGGCCAUAGCUCAUCUCUAAGAGUUUUGGGGCAUUAGUGGAAAAUAUUUUAUGAACUGAGGCUGUUCAAACAUUCUGCAAUGGCGGUUUUGCUUCUUGUGUAAUUUGACAGUUUUGAUCUACUAAAAGAUUUAAAAGAACUAAAACUGAGGGAGUCAAGGUAAAUUCCAAUUUUGGUUUGAAGUUAAAAUUUAAUUAUUGCUCACAUGUACAAUUAAAACACAUUUGAACAUUUUUAGAUAAACUAAAUUGAGUUCAUUGUUCUAAAUCUUUUUUUUUUUUUUUUAAGAAAGAUUGUCUUUUACUUCUUUGUGUGUUGUAUUGCAUUGUGUGUUGUAUCAUGAACGCUAUUAAAUAUUACUGUUUACAAUAAGUGUACAAUGUUGUGUAAGAGAAUAUAAGAGUUCUUAAGCUAAAAGUUUUUUGCUCUGGAUAGGUGCUUUCAUGCAGAAUCUUAUUGUCCCAUCAAUAAAAUUUCUUAAUUUUCCAGAUAA